AUGGAGGGCCAAGGUGCCGCUCCCUUCGAUGCCCCGCCACCGCCAUCCGGCCUCGGCAACUUCAAGGGAGUGAUGUUAUGUAAUCGCCCAAGCGAUGAAGUCAAGGCUGUGGCCGAAGACCCUAUGCCUUUUAGGUCAGCGGUCGCCUCAAACUCGGAGGUGGGCCUCAGGCCGUUGAGGAACUACGAGCCGACGGUGAAGAAGAGGGGCCCCAGCGCCGCUCUUCGCAGACACGUGCGAUGGCUCCGGGAGUUGCAAGAGCAAAUGAGGGAAGACCGGAACCAGGCCGAGCAAGAAGAGCAUGAUGAAGUCGCCAAGAGGAUAAAGCUCAAAACUGCUUUUGACAAGCACAGAGAAGCGGUGCGUGGAAUGAUGCAAGAGCGAAGCGACAAGCGAAGGGAGGAGGAAGCGACGGCGAAAGCUGAGAAAGCGGCGAAGGCUGCGGAGGCCAAGGCAGCUGCGCAGUCUGCACAGCCAGCACUCUCCGAGAUUGCACGGGCCGCGGCAGCAGCUGUUGAGGGCAAGGUAUCUGCGAAGGCGCAGAGUGCAAAGCCGCUUUGGGCGAUGACUGCCCAGGAAAAGGACAAGUUUGAGGAAGACGAGGCCGACGACCUCAUUAACUUCGCAGAGGGUUUAGACUUCGACGAAUACGUUGCAGAUCUGGAGUUUCGACAGGCUCUGGGCGCACUCAAAGAUCGUGCGGGAAAGUUGAUGAAAGAGCAAGAAGCGUUUAAAGAUGAUCUCCUCGCAAGCUUCGCCGAAGAGUACGAGGAAAGCACGGCCGCAGGAAGCUCCAAGGCGGAGGACGGCGUUGAUGGGCAGAGCCUCUUCGGGGACCAUCGCAGCGAGUACAGCGUGGCCUCCAGCCGCAGGUCAAGGAGAAAAGAAGUCCAGGAAAAUGGCCAAAAGGAAUGGGACAGCUCCACAGCUGCUGGGGAGGACCGGCCAGCUAUUGACCCUGAGGUGAAGGGCAUGGCAGAGGCUGUGCUUGAGCAGCACCCCAAGUUCCGGGCCAUUCACUCGAAGGACUCGGUUCAGAAGGUUAUAGAGAAGGUGCGUGCAGAUCAGGCACUCGACGUGCCUUAA